AUGGGUGUAGACUACUACAAGAUUCUUCAGGUGGACCGAAGCGCCAAAGACGAUGACUUGAAGAAAGCUUAUCGAAAGCUCGCCAUGAAAUGGCACCCAGAUAAAAACCCUAAUAACAAGAAAGAUUCCGAAGCCAAAUUCAAGCAAAUCUCCGAAGCCUACGAUGUUUUGAGUGAUCCGCAAAAGCGAGCGGUCUAUGAUCAGUACGGCGAAGAAGCAUUGAAGGGACAGGUGCCACCACCAGGUGCCUCCAGUGGAUUUUACGGCGCCUCCGACAGUGGUGGUGGUGGGUCGACGACGUUCCGGUUCAAUCCUCGUAGCGCCGAUGAUAUAUUCUCGGAGUUUUUCGGGUUUUCUACCCCCUUCGGAGGGAUGGGAGACAUGGGAGGCUCGCGAGCCAGCGCUUCUGGGUUUCCCAGGAGUAUGUUUGCUGAGGAUAUAUUUGCUUCUUUUCGGGACAGAGGCGGCGAUGGGUCCAGUAAUGCGCCUCGCAAGGCGGCUUCAAUAGAGCGGACUUUGCCGUGUAGUAUGGAGGAUUUGUACAAGGGGACUACUAAGAAGAUGAAGAUUUCAAGAGAUGUCAUUGAUUCUAGUGGGAGACCCACCACAAUGGAGGAAAUUCUUACAAUUGAGAUCAAGCCAGGUUGGAAGAAGGGAACAAAAAUAACUUUUCCGGAGAAGGGAAAUGAACAACGAGGUGUUAUACCCUCAGACCUUGUCUUCAUUAUUGAUGAGAAGCCUCACAGCCUCUUCAAGAGGGACGGCAAUGAUCUCGUUGUCACCCAGAAGAUUUCCCUCGUGGAAGCUCUGACAGGUUACACUACACAGAUCACCACCCUUGAUGGGCGAAAUCUGACUGUUCCUAUCAAUGCCAUCAUCAGUCCCACCUAUGAAGAAGUUGUUAAAGGGGAGGGCAUGCCAAUCCCCAAGGAACCUUCCAGAAAGGGAAACUUGAGAAUCAAGUUCAUCAUCAAGUUCCCUACGAGGCUUACAUCAGAGCAGAAAACCGGCAUAAAGAGAUUGUUGACAUCCUCAUGAACGUUUGUGGUAGUGCUUUCUACCCGACACAUGUAAGCUUGCAUUUGCUGUAGUUUGCUUUGAUUUGCUCUGGAAAGAAAAAUCAUAUAUUACUGAAUAGGGGAUUUCAUCGAAACCGUUGCUUCGGGUUUUGUUUUUUUUAAAAAUUUAUUUAUUGUUUUCUAUGUUUAUUUAUCAAAAAAAAAAAAAAAUUUGUUUCCUAUUUGGCAGCUAUCUUGUAUACUUUCCAGUUUAGUUUGUGAGUUAAAAUUUCCUUGUAUUUCCAGCAUAAAAAGAAAAAAAGAAAUUUUGCUGAACCUCCUUGUCUGGACAAUUGUUAGACCAUUGGCAUCUUAAUUUGGUUUCUAUUCUCA